AUCACACCUUGACAACAUUGACCUAACCUUGACCUUUCGGCCCAUCUUGCGAAAAUGGCUUCGAGAUUUGAGGAAAUUGCUCUUGCUUCACCUGUGGAGGUGUUUGCUAUGAUAGAUGAAUACAACAAGGAUACACACCCGGACAAAGUAAAUGUCAGUGUAGGCGCAUACAGAACGGCAGAAGGGAAACCAUGGGUUCUGCCAGUUGUGCACACGGUGGAAGCCCAGAUGGCUACAGAUACCACUCUGAACCAUGAGUAUCUUCCAGUUGCCGGUCUUCCUGAUUUCAGAAAUGCAGCAUGUCAUCUUAUUUUGGGUGAAAAAGAUAUUGAUUACACCCGGGUAGGUGGAGUACAGUCCCUUGGUGGUACUGGAGCUAUCAGACUGUGUGCUGACUUUGCAAAGAAACACUUACAAUGUGACACUGUUUAUGUGUCAAAACCAACAUGGGGUAACCAUAAGGGAGUGUUCAAGGCAGCAGGAUUUUCCAACAUUGUUGAAUACAGAUACUGGAAGGCAGAUACCCUGAAUCUUGAUAUUGACGGCAUGAUAGAGGAUUUAAAGGGUGCUCCACCAAAAUCUGUUGUGAUUCUUCAUGCUGUGGCACAUAAUCCAACAGGUGUAGACCCCACUGAGAACCAAUGGGGGAAAAUUGCUAAUGUCUGUGAGGAAAAAGAGAUAUUUGUUCUCAUUGACUGCGCUUACCAAGGAUUUGGUACUGGUGAUGUGGAGAAAGAUGCCUUUUCUUGCAGACAUUUCUAUGAACGAGGAUUUGAAUAUUUCAUCGCACAGUCGUUCAGUAAAAACUUUGGCUUGUAUAACGAGCGUGUUGGAAACCUGUGUGUUAUAGCUAAGGAUUCUGACAAGAAGUCUAAGGUCCUCUCCCAGCUAGAGUUGAUAGUCCGAACCACAUACUCCAACCCAGGAAACCAUGGUGCUAGGAUAGUUGCAACUGUUCUUAACAACAAAUCUCUAUAUGCAGAAUGGAAUAGUUGUGUCAAAACAAUGUCCAAUCGUAUAUUGUUGAUGAGAGAGCAGUUUCAUCAAAAGUUGAAGGCAAUUGGUUGCCCUGGCAGCUGGGAUCAUAUAAUCACUCAGAAAGGAAUGUUCAGUUACACAGGUCUUGAUGAAAAACAGUGUAAGCAACUGAAGGAGAAGUACCAUAUCUACAUAAUGAAGUCUGGAAGGAUCAAUAUGUGUGGUCUCACUCCAUCGAAUAUUGACUACGUUACCAAAGCAAUAUUCAACGUAGUCACAGAAUCACUGGGUGAAAAGCAAGCUAAAAUAUAGGUCAAGGUCAUAGGUUUUGGAGAUUAAAUGAUUGUUCCAUUUCACAUUAUCUCGGGGAGAAAAACCUAUACUUGACUUAAUUUAUUCUUAAAGAAAAUUAGAACUAGUGCUGAAUGCAUGAAAGGUGACAUGGUAAAUAUUCUUUAAGACUCGGAGCUGGAAUUUAAAUUAUCAUAGUGAGAAAAACCUUACACUUUCCAAAUACUGUAAAAUCAUUUUUAUUCGCGUAGGACGAAUUUUCGCGUAUUUCGCGCUAGGACCGUUGCGCGAAUUUAAGACCACGCUAUUAUCAUUUUUUGAUUAUAUUUUUCCCUUUCUAAAAUUGAAAAUGCGCGAAUUUAAGCCCGCGCGAAACUCCUUCACGUUUGUGCGAAAUUUCAUGUCAGCGAAUUUAAAUGAUUUCACAGUAUUGUAUGUAGUCAUCUCUUAGGUAUAUGAAUGUAUAUCAGAAAUGUUUACAUGUGCAAAAAAAUGUCACUUUCUGUCUAAAUAGAUAAAGAGUUGUGUGUUCCCCCACAUUAUGUGGUGUUGUUAAAGCUCUGUUGUUUUGUUUUUGAUUGUUUGACCUCACUUUUUCAGGAUAUUAUUUGCUAGGGUAUGUCUAGUGGGAUAAUAAAUGACAGAGAUCUCUGUCUGUGAUACAACAACAAAAAAUGCUGAAAUUCUGUCUGUUUAUACUGCUUAUAAAAAUUGUAGAAAUUUGUAAAUAAUCCUGUAUGGAUAUAUUGAUUUCUUUGGUGUAUAUAUGCCAGUACCAGUACUGAUUUAUGCAUUGGUUUUACAAUGAAUUGAACUACACCUCUUGAAGAUUACCAACAUUGAAACACAUUUGGAGAAAUGCAGACAGACUUAGCCGAAAAUUACUGGUAAAAUAGUCUACCAUGAAUAUUAAUGCUUAUACAGUAUAUCAGUGAAAAUGCCAAAUUCUAUGGUUACCAUGGAUAAGAGAUGGUAGUGAAUGUAUGAUCUGGAAGGUGCUUUAGGACUGUAUGGAAUUUAAGGCCAUUAUCAAGUCCUAGUCGGAAUGGUGCUUCAGGGUUCAAUGAAUUUAAGACUCAUGAUCAAUUCCUGGUCCGUAUGGUCCAUUAGGACUCCAUUAAUUAAGAUCAUGGUCAAUUCAUGGUCUAUAUGGUCCAUUAGGACUCCAUGAGUUAAGACCAUGAUAAAUUCAAAGUCUGACUGAUGUUUAAAUUGAACAUGAUAAAAUGAUGACUACUGUGAAUAUACUUCUUUUAUAUUUUCAGUGUUGGGAAAUGUUAAUAUCAUUGAUAAAAUAGGAAAACUUUACAGAUGAAUAAUCUUUUUAUUUUGCUAUGGUUACUUACUGACAGGAGGAUAUCUGUUUGUUAUUGCAGAUGUUAGUUGAUUUCUUUUAUAUUGUUGUAUAGUCAAUUUGAAUUAUGGCAUUUAUAUGAUUUAAUUAUAUAUGAAAUGGGAUGUAACUGCAUCAUGUUAAUUACUAACCUAUUGUUUAAGAUGCAUUUUUGUUGGCAUGAUAGUGGAAAGAUAUGAAAGAAUACUUGUACUUGCAUUGGAAAGGGUUCCAAAUCUUAAAAUGUGUAACAUUAUGUCAGAGUGUAUUUACAAUAUGUAAUACUAGUUUUAAAACACCUUUUUGUAUACUUAAUAAUAAAAUGUGUUGAAAGUUUUGGACAUUUAUAUGAAAACUCAGAAGUUCAUAAUGUUGAGCAUAAUGCGAGGAGAAUCUGCGAGAUACUGGUACAGGACACAAAACAACUUGCAUUUAAGUUUCAGUGAGAUUCUGGGAUGUACAAAAACCUUCCCAACUCACCCCAGCAGAGCCACAGCCUUAUUAACACAGAUGCUUCAAAGUGUUGACAGCGUUCUAAAUGAUCAUUUUAAGCUGUCGGCUGGGAAAGGGUAGACUAGUAAUUGAAUUUCAUGGUUAUAAUGGUCCAUUGACAUGAAAACUGACUCAGAGAUUUACUCUACAACUGCUUUCCUAAUAGAUAGAUAACUUACCACUGUUAACAAAAGAUGUGAACUGUUUUAAAAGUAUUUUUUGUUAAAUGUGCAUACAUUUGUACAUUUAAAGAUUAUUUCUUGGAGUGUUGAUAAGUUUAAAUUGAAAAUAGGAAUGGUGUUCACCAUGCAACAGUCAAAUUCAGUCAGUUUGUCUGGCUUUAUUAAAAAGAAAUAUAUUUAUUGCAGUGGCUUUUUUUUUUUAACUAGAUAUUGCUAGAAUUGAUCCAGCUUUGCACAUACUGAUAAUCUUCACAAGCAAAUUGAAUGUAGGUUAGUAGCUUUAUCACAGAGUAAAGUAAAGCACACAAUAUCAUAUUAUUAUUUCUUUGUAUUUACAUAAACAGUUGCAAGAUACAUAUUAUAUGAAGUAAUGGUUGAUGUUUUAAGCCUUUUUACCUAUAUUUUUUUCUUCAUAUUAAUCAGUUUAUCUUUUUGAAAUAUGUGUUACAGGGUGGUAUGGCAUGUGCUUUGAUAGGGUUUACUUUUUUCAGCAGUAUUGUAAUGUUAUUUUCUAACAUUUGGCUGUUAAGCAAUUUUUACAAAUCAGUCCUGUAAGAUAGUCUUGUAGGAAUGCAUUUACAUAGAAUGGUAUUUCUUGUUCUUUUUUAAGCAUUGUGCCAUAAGGGUGUGUUGAAAUGUGCUGGAAGACUUUUAUUUUGCAUUUAUCACCUAUAGGACUGGAAUAUACUUAAAAAUUUGAUAAAUUCUUAUCUCCUUUUCCUUUAAGUGUAUUUAUGUAUUGGAAGUCUCAAUAUAUAUAAUAUUAAAUAUUUUAUUAUUGAUGUGAUUUUUCUGCAGUUCUGCACUUGUCUUAAAAGAUAUGUAUAGAAAUAGAUUUGCAAUUCAUUCAUUAUGGAAAAAAAAUGGACACUAUUUUUAAAUUAACUUUUCACUUUGCAUGUGAUAGAAAAUAUGUCCCUUUGUUGUACUAAAUGUCACACACAGUAACAUGUUAGUGUAUGAUACAUGUUGUGUAAUAACUAGAUCUUCAAGCUUACAUUAUAAAAAUUAAUUAGUGAACAUGCAGAUUUAAGCGAUCUUACAAAAAUCCAGGUUUCCUUUAAGGGAAUGCCCGUACAGACAAAAUUACAGUAUAACAGCAUUAAUACAGAAUGUUGAUGAGGCUAGCCACACACUAUUUGUUCAUUCUGAAAGCUUAUUUACACUGUUUAUCGGGCAUUUAGUAAAGUUUUAAUGGCUGUGUUACUUUUUCUGAUGUUUUUAAUUUGUACUUCCCAUAAUAUUGAUAUGCUAAAUAUAUUCCAGAUUUAAAAAAUGUGUUUUUAUGACUGUAUUUAGGAAAUAUGUGCAAAAUCUGUUGAAAACUAUUCUGCUAGUGCCAAGCAUUCUAUUAUUUGGUAGUGAUUAUUUCCUUUGAAAUUAAAAUGAUUUCUAUGCA